UUUUUCGUAUCACCGGAUAAUCAAUACGUAUUAUUUGGAGUUAAUUUUACAAAGGGAUGGAGACAUUCUUAUACCGCAAAUUAUUAUAUUUUUAAUAUUUCUUCAAAAACUACUUUUCCUCUCACGCAAGGAAUUAAUUCAACCCAUCAAGCUGUAAUUUCUUAUGCUACAUGGAGUCCUGUUGGUCAUGAUAUUGCAUUUGUCAAAGAUAAUGAUGUAUAUAUAUCGUUAGGAUUGACUGAGGAACGACGAAUAACAUAUGACGGAUCUGAUGUUGUUUUUAAUGGAAUUCCAGAUUGGAUCUACGAAGAGGAGGUUCUUUCUGCAAAAUCCGCGCUAUGGUGGUCUCCUGAUGGAAAGCGUAUCGCAUAUCUUCGCUUAAACGAAAGUGAAGUGCCUGAAUAUCGUUUUCCACUCUAUGUUGAUGGAAUGCAUGUCGAACCAUAUGUAAGAGAGGUUGUUAUGAAAUAUCCAAAACCUGGUUAUCCGAAUCCUAUUGUCACUUUUCAUAUAUACGAUACAACAACUCCUUUGAUGUCUCAAUCGGGUGCUACUGUUUUUACAAAUGAUUUUCCUUCUGAUGAUAAAAUAAUCACUGAAGUUUGUUGGGCUGGUAAUGAUAGUGUAUUGGUUAGAGUCAUGAACCGUGUACAGGAUAUUGCGAGAGUUGUUAUAGUUGAUGUCGAUACUCGUAAUGGUACAACAGUUCGAGAGGAAAAUGCCGAUAAAAUGGAUGGAGGAUGGUUUGAAAUUACCAGAAGUUGGGUCUUCCUCCAAAAAGGCGGCAGUAUCAGUCAAGAUUCUUAUAUCGACGUAGUUGUAAAUAAUGGAUAUAAUCACCUUGCAAUAUUUUCUCCAUUAGAUUCCAGUUCACCACAAUACCUCACCAGUGGUAAUUGGGAAGUUGUAGAUGGAGUUAAAGCUGUAGAUCGCAAACGUGAGCUCAUAUAUUUUUUGAGUACUGAAAAAUCCUCGAUUGAACGACAUUUGUAUUCAGUUAGUUUCGAUGGAAAAACUAGAACUGCUUUAACUUCGACCGAUGAGGUAGCCUAUUAUUCUGUAGACUUUUCUACAGGCGCUGAAUAUUAUAAUCUCAAAUAUGAAGGCCCUGAAGUUCCAUGGCAGAAAGUAAUGAAAGUUGGCAAUAGCUCAUUCGGGAUCACCUUGCACGACAACAAUGAUCUUAAAGAAUUACUUCAAAAUAUUGAAUUACCCACAGUAAGGCGGUUUACGGUGGAGAGUGAAGGAAAUGAACUUAACGUAAUGGAAAUCCGACCUCCGGGAAUGGAUGCAACUGGGCUUGAAAAACAUCCUGUUCUCUUCCAAGUAUAUGAAGGUCCAAAUUCGCAAUAUGUUAAUACAAAGUUCUUGAUUGAUUGGCAUACGUUUUUAGCAUCUUCACCACGCUUAAAAUAUGUUAUUGUGUAUGUUGACACUAGAGGAACUGGAUUUAAAGGUCGCGCUUUUCGUUGUAGUGUAAGGAAACAUUUGGGAGAGUAUGAGUCAACAGAUAUAAUUAAUACAGCAAAAUAUUGGGCUAGUUUACCAUACGUUGAUUCUGGUAAAAUGGCCAUUUGGGGUUGGUCAUUUGGAGGUUUUGUGACAUCCAAAGUUAUCGAAAUGGACUCUGGUGUGUUUCAAGUAGGAAUGGCUGUCGCACCCGUCACUGACUGGAGGUUCUAUGAUUCGAUUUACACGGAACGCUAUAUGAAAACCCCUGAAUUAAACCCAUUAGGUUAUCAGCUUAGUGCUAUAACCAACAUGUCUGGAUUCGAUCAUGCAAAAUUCCUUGUAGUGCACGGAACUGGUGAUGAUAAUGUUCAUUUCCAAAAUACAGCAAACUUGAUUGAUAGAUUUACUUUGGCGUCCGUUCAUAAUUAUCGCGUACAAUUUUAUACUGACAGUGAUCACUCAAUUAUGAAACACAAUGCAAAUCGAGAGCUUUAUUAUUUACUGACUGAAUAUCUCUGGCAGAGCUUUGGGUCUUCUGAAUCUCUAUUUAAAAUAUAA